AUGUGUCUGACCAAAAUCACAUACUAUGCAUGUGGCUGCUUCGAGUCGAAGCGGGAGAUAUGGUGUCCACUCCCACGACCAGCAUGCCCAGAGAAGCUGAAGUACCCAGAAACGCGAACCCUGGCAUUCCGAUGCCCACAGCACGACACCUUGGGCUUCAACCGGAAGAGGGGAUCACCAACCGAAGCAGAGCGGUGGUCGCCGAUCCGACCAAACAGCAUGAGCUUCCAGCAACAGCCCCUAGAGAACAGCUCGCUGUAUCUGGCAACCCCGGAUCUUCACUCCCAAUGGUCGGCACUGCCGAACAUCCCGCCGCCGUCGUCGUCGCGCAACAGCCGGAGCGGAAAUGGCAGCGGCAGCGGCAACGGGCAACGACGGCAGAGCAAACCGCUGACCUCAGCGCGCAUCGAAGACGCGCUCAAUGACUUCAAGGACAUGAACAUGCCGGUGCGCAACCGCGAGUCCAUGGUCGGGCUGUACAGCCUGCGGGAGCACGAAGCGGAGCAAAUGGCGGCCGACGCACCGCCGGUUCCGUCGCUCCCGCCGGGCUUCGGCAACACACUGCAGCGGACGAACAACGCGACGAAAUCGCAUCACCGCCGCCAGCAAAACCAACACCAACCCACCCACAUUGACACGAGCAUGUGGCACAGCAGCACGAAGCGCACGCACCCGCAGCGGCAGAACAGCGGGGGCGUGACGAAGCCGUUCUCGCCCAAGUCGCGCAUCUCGCCACGCACGGCGGCGCUGGCGCAGCAGCAGGCCAAGAUCCGCGCGUACCGGGAAGCGCUGACCAACGCGCGCCGCUGGGCUGCGUCCGUGCAUGGCCCGUGGACCGCCGAUGCUUUCUUCAACCAGCCGUGGAUUCUGGCCCUCAACGGUGCCGAUCGUGAGAUGCUGUGGUCCGAGCUGCGGAAUCGCCUGGCCAGGGGCGAGAUGCAGCGGGAUCGCUUGCGUUGGGGGCGAGGCGGUCACGGUGCCGAUACCGGCAGUGCACACCAGGGAUAUACCUCGAAUCAGAAUCAGAUGUUCGAGGACCAAGGCCGUGAGCGUCGGUUUGGGAGGUCGAAGAGGUCGAAUCGGAAGGUCGAUUCUUCAUCGGGUUGUCGGGUCAUGUAA